AUGUUCGCGGCCACCCGGCGAGUCACCGUCCUUGCGAACCACCUCUCGCGCACCGUCCCCACCCCAGUCACUCGCACUCCGUCCCUCCUCGCCACCGCCAAGCUGGGUUCCUUCCUUUCCACCGCCGCCGCCGCAUCCCCCGUUGAAAUGUCGGCCGCCAAGACCCUCGUCGACUCGGCGAUCAAGGAGAACGACGUUCUCGUCUUCUCCAAGUCGUGGUGCCCCUACUGCCGCCGCGCGAAGACCAUCCUCCAGGAGGUUGCCCCCGACACCAAGGUCUACGAGCUUGACGAGAUGGACAACGGCUCCGCCGUCCAGGCGUACCUCAAGGAGCUCAACGGCCAGGGCACCGUCCCCCACGUCUACAUCAAGCAGCAGUUCAUUGGCGGCUGCAGCGACCUGCAGGCUAUCCCCCAUGCCCAGCUUGUCAAGCGCAUCGCUGCUUAA